UUUUGAUAAUUAUAAUGAUCAAGCAAAACACACAGUAGGUGAAGUAGAAGCGUUAUUAAAACAUGUCUGUUCCUAUGUUCAGUGACGUUGGAGGCGGUAGCCACUCUUACCAAGACUCUGACAAGACACUGGAGGAAAUAAAGCUAUACGAGAGUGCCAGAGAGCGGGAGGAGUACGACAACCGAGCAAAUGUCUUCUCUCUCAUACAAGCUAUCCAAGCUCUUGAGAAAGCAUACAUCAAAGACGCUGUAACCCCCAAGGACUACACCACCCAGUGUAAUCUACUCCUGGUCCAGUUCAAUGCCGCCUUUAAACUCAUCAACGAAAAGUUCCCUACCGUCGAAGCGUUUUCCAAACGAUAUCUCCUCCAUUGUCCAGUAGCCAUCGAGAGAAUCAGAGAAGGACGUCCAAUCUCAGUCAGAGAUGAUCGCGGGAAUCUCUCCAAAUCGAUUGCUGAGAUUGUCUCUCUAUUCAUCACAAUCAUGGAUCGUUGUCGACUGGAGAUACGAGCGAUGGACGAGCUAUAUCCCGACGUGAAGGAACUGUACGAGAUUAUGUGUCGAAUGAGCUCCCUCCCCACUAGCUUUGAGGGUAGUGUCAAAGUCAAGAAAUGGCUGGAUGAACUCACGAGCAUGCAAGCCAGCGAUGAGCUCUCUGAGGACCAAGCACGACAGAUGCUGUUUGAUUUAGAGAGUGCUUAUAAUGACUUUAAUAGAUUCCUUUCACAAGGAGCUAAUUAGUGAUGAACCUUGUACCUAUAAUUAUUAUGUGUCGUAUAUACUUCAUGUGUUAUUACAGUAAUUGAUUUACCAAACCAUUUUUAUGACAAUUUCAACUAUUGGACAAA